GGGGGGAGGGAUCAUAUUCCCUUUUACUUCUUCUUCUUCUUCUCUCUCAGGAUGUCUGCAGGAAGUCAGCUGGUGUCGGUGGACUUUGAAAUCUUUGGUCAUGUUCAGGGAGUCUGUUUCAGAAUGUACACUGAGAAGGAGGGACUCCGUCUGGGCCUGGUGGGCUGGGUGAAGAACACACAUGGGGGGACGGUGGUGGGUCAGGUCCAGGGUCCGGCCGACAUGGUGGAGGAGAUGAAGGUGUGGCUGAGUAAAGAGGGGAGCCCGUCCAGUCGUAUCACCAGAGCCUCCUUCACCAACCACAGACCCAUCGAGCGGCUGGAGAUCUCAGGCUUCAAGACUCGUUUCUGAUCAACCAACCAUCACAUUAAAAAGAUAAACUGCUGAAAUAUUUACAAUAUUCUGUUCUAAGUAUUUACUGAACUCUUUUUGUUGUGACAGUAGGAGAAAGCUAGCGAUUAGCAAUUAGCAUUACACUCUGUUUAUUCUGUCCCAUAAUGUUAUCCAGGCUGAAACCGACGCUGCAGAAUAUUACACAUUAAUCUCACCUGAUAUGAAGUGUUGUUGUGUUGUUGUUGUUUCACUGCAGUCGUUUCUUUUAAUCACCAAAGCCAAAACAAAGUUUUCUACGUGUGUCAGUGGCUGAUAUGUGAUAAAACUUCAAGUUAGUGUUUUUGAUUUUUUGGUUUCGGCUCCAAAAAAAUACAACAAGACGAUGUUUUCAUGGUUGAUAGUGACGG